GUUUUUACAUCGCUGAAGAGUUGCAUAGUUAAACCGGUGUAAUACCUCAUAAGUUAGGUUGUCAAAGAUGGGACUGUUAACUAUUUUAAAGAAGAUGAAGCAGAAAGAAAAAGAAGUUAGGUUACUCAUGUUAGGCUUAGAUAAUGCUGGGAAAACUACAAUUUUAAAGAAAUUCAAUGGAGAAGAUAUUGAUACUAUAUCUCCAACCCUAGGUUUUAACAUCAAAACCUUAGAACAUAGAGGGUUUAAGUUAAAUAUUUGGGAUGUUGGUGGACAGAAAUCAUUGCGAUCCUACUGGAGGAAUUAUUUUGAGAGUACAGAUGGCCUGAUUUGGGUUGUGGACUGUGCAGACAGAAUGAGACUUCAGGAUUGUAAACAAGAACUCCAGUCGCUCUUAGUAGAAGAGAGGUUAGCAGGGGCGACUUUGCUCGUGUUUGCAAACAAACAAGACUUACCUGGAGCUUUGCCAGCUGAGAAAAUACGAGAGUUGUUAGAUCUGGACAGUAUAAAGACACACCACUGGAGGAUUCUGGACUGCAGCGCUGUAACGGGUGAAAACCUCCUCAAGGGUAUUGACUGGAUUAUAGACGAUAUUGCCUCAAGGAUAUUUACUAUGGACUAGUUCAAAAUCCAGGCAUUAGCUCAUGCAUUAUUAUAUGCUAUAUGAUAUUAACUUGCUUACCGAGUACUGUCAAAGCAUAAUCAUCACAAAAUAGUUUUUGUCUGGCUUUGUGAAGGGAAACCCUCAGUGAAGAACCAAAGCUUGAGUAGCCAUGGAGCUUAAUGUCGACCUCAGUAUUUAUGUUGUUGAAAUCCUAUGUACUUGCUAUAGUACUUAACAUUGCUGUGUCUAGAAUGGUAAUCUUAUUUUUCUGAAAGUCAGAAAUCUGCCCUUGUAUCAGAAUUUCUGCUCUUAUUGGUAAUACCUCAAUAAAUAAAAAGUAAGAAAUGUUGUUUGUUGAUUUUACCUUAAAAAACUUUAGACAUUUAAAAGUAUCCAAUGUUCUCUGCCUGAUAUAGAUUUAGAUCCUACAAUAUACAAUAGGCAGGUGGUAUAAUCUGUAGUAUAAGAAUUGAGAUUAGUGCUCUGACAAUAGACAUGGGAAGAUGGCAGCAGCAGGUAGCAUAGAAUCUUCUAAACGUUUAUAAAAUAGAUGUAACAAAUUCCUGUUUGUAAUGAAAGAUCAUAUUUUGUAACCAAAACAAAUUAUUCACCGGGUAUGGAGAUACAAGUGCAGCUUUCUUGAUGAUUCAAUAACCAUGUUUUCCUGUAUUUUGUAGUAUAAUUUGCUUUUCCAUAGAGACUUUUUUUAAAUUUAUAAAUACACAUACAUGGUUGUAUACUUGAAUCUACAGUUAUGGAGUAAACAGUGCACAUAUGUAUUGGAUAUUACAUCUUUAAGCUACCACAGCUAUCUGUCAAUUACAGCUUAGAUAACCUUGUAAUCUUACUGUGAUUAACAUUAUGCCAAGUUGAUUUAACAAUUCAAAAAUUUCUAUUACAAUUUCUGUAGUGAAA